AAGCCCUCUCAAACUCUCCAUCUCUCCACCGACGACGAUGGCGGGCUACGGCACGAUCCCUACCUCGUCGGCGCCGGAAUCCGGCCAUACUAUGGACUUCAUCUCUCGAGCCAAGGAGAGAGGCUACUCCGCCCUCGCCACUCGCCGGCCAUGGCGCGAGAUGGUCCAUCGCCACGCCUUCAAUCUCCCUCCAAGCCUCGGCGAAGCCUAUCUCCGGAUCCGCACCAACAUCGCCUACUUCUCCAUGAACUACGCCAUCAUCGUCCUCGUCGUCGUCUUCGUAUCCCUCCUCUGGCACCCCAUCUCCCUCAUCGUCUUCCUCCUCACCAUGGCUGCCUGGCUCUUCCUCUACUUCCUCCGCGACGAGCCGAUUGUCCUAUUUCAUCGAACCAUCGGUGACCGCACGGUCCUCAUCGUCCUCUCUGUCGUUACCCUUGUCCUCCUCCUUUUCACCAACGCCACCGCCAACAUCCUGAUCUCGCUGCUCGUCGGCCUCAUCGUCGUGUUGCUGCACGCCGCGAUGAGGAGAACGGAAGAUUUGGGCUCUGAGGAGGAGGGCGCUGGCCACUGGUACUCUGUUGUUGGGGAGACCUUCAAGGGCUCGCCAUCGUCGUAGCGCUUCGUGAUUCGAUCUCAUCUAUCCAGGCAUGUCGCAUGUUCCUUUUGUGCCAGAGUGUUACUGAUCCUUGGCAUGCUGCAUAUUUGGUUUCACUCUUCUUCUGAUUUUUCUACCAUUUGUGCAAUUCCAUAUAAUAUGUUUGCUUUGAUUGUGAAUUAGUAUGUUUUGAAGUUCCACAAAAUAUGUUUGCUUUGAUUGUGAAUUAGUAUGCUUGUGAAGUACUCGUUCAUUUUAGACAUUGGGAUCAAAUUACAUCUUUUCAUUGUUUCUA